AUAUUCGACGUAGUUUACAGCAAAAUUUAUGGCUAACUCAUCUAAAGACGAAGAGGUCAAUCUGGUCGAUCCUUUGUUUACUGUUGGAUCUUCGCCUCCUGCGGAUCGCCAUGAAGAAUUAUUUUACGGGGAAAAUAAAGGCGCAGCAGGCAAUAGAUUUAAAGUUCAAACGGCAGAGGGAAAAGAAUAUAGUAUCCUCCGGCUAACGAACGCCUUUAUUUCGGCGAAACGAUCGUGGCGACGGCAAUUGAACCAUUUACAAGUCCAAGUUAUUACACAAAAGGACAUUCCUGCAUUGCGACGAGAUUGCGAAGUCCUGGAGGAACGAAUGCGAGAAUUGUUUAAAGUUCAAGAAGCAUUAGAAGAAGCAGCUGAGUCCGAGGACGAAAUAGGAAAACUUGAUCGGAAUCUAGAAGAACUAGCGAGAGAAAAUAAUGCCAUUCUACGGCAGGUCGGAGACAGAAUUAAGGAUUUGGAGGCGGCGCUCCUGGAACGUAAUUCAACACGCUCAACUUCGACCCGUAAAUCAAACAAUUCCAAGAAGCAACUCAUCCCAGAAAUCGGGAAAAAGUAACAUUUCUUUGGCACAGCGGCGAAUUGGUCUUGAAGAAGAUAUUGCAACCUUGAAAGCAACGAUCGCCCUAUCCCAGGAAAGGGAAGCUAUGGAAAUGCAGAGCAGGAAGAUGCUUGAGGAGAUUGAGCGGCGCAAGAUGGAAGUUUUCAAGGAAGAAGAAAGAACUUUAGAAGAGAUCCGAAAACUGCAAGACAGUUUCAAGUUAAGAGAAGAACUAGCACAGAAGGAAGCAAUGGUUAAUGAGUACGUCAAAAUAGAAAAGGAAGAGUGCGCGCUUCACUGGGCAGAAGAAGAGUUUGACCUCCCUGUGGAAGAUGGCAGAAGCGAACAAAUGGAAAGAUUUCUCCGUGGCUUACCUGAAUCCAAGCCCCCGGCACCUCGUUUGCCAUCAUCUAUCUCUCCUGCUUCCAAGCCAAGUUCAUUAGACCCUUCAUUGCCCGUGUUUGUUCCAAUAAGUGUACCUGUAUCAGCAAAUGCGCCUGUAAACAUGACCUGGUCGUACUCUCCUAGAAUCUCUCUGAAACAAGAGUUAAACAAGACCGUAAGCGCAGAUCCUCCUAAACCUGCAAACUCAGUGCAGGAUCAGCUACUAGAAAUUGCCAGACUCUUGGCAGAAAACCAAAGCCACAGCCGAUUGCCUCUUCCUGAACCAGGCAUCUUCAACGGAGAUCUGCUCCAGUAUCCUGUUUGGAUUAAGGCAUCUGAAACUCUAAUUGAAAGUCGAGCCAUCAAGCCCAACAAGAGACUACACUUCCUUGGAAAGUAUGUGACAGGAGAUGCUAAAGAAGUAGUUAAUGGCUUCCUGCUUCUCGAGUAAGAGGACGCCUAUCAGAGGGCUAAGUAGAUGCUUGCGAAACGUUUUGGUGACCCCUAUGUAGUAGCUGCGGCUUAUCACCAAAACAUAGAGUCCUAGUCAAAAAUACCUGCCAAUGAUGGAUAUGGUCAGACUUUCUGGUGCAAUGCGAAAAGGCAAUGGACAAGAUUGGUAGCCUCAAGGUACUUAACGACGACCAAGAGAAUCCCAAACUGGCCUCCAAACUUCCCAAGUGGGCAAUUGAUUGUUGGAGUCGUAUUGUUCAUCAAUUUAAGACAGAAAAAGAUACAUUCCCCCCAUUUUCCAAGUUUGUGAAGUUUCUUUCCAGAGAAGCUGACAUUGUGUGCGAUCCUGUCAUCCCAGUCCAUCAAAGAAGGUGACAAUAAAAAACCAAACAAUGAUGACGGGCGUGGCAAGCCUAAGUUUGGAUAUCGAAGAAGAACGUUCGGUUCAAGCUUCUUCACAAACAAGGGAAACAAAGCUGCUGGAAGGACUUGUCGACUCUGUAAGGGGCAUCACGACUUAGAUAAGUGCGAAGAAUUCAAGAAGAAAGAUAUCCCAUCAAGAAAGGAAUAUGCAGCGACAAAUGGAUUGUGUUUCAUCUGUCUUGAGCCUGGACAUUUGUCAAGAAUGUGUAUGAAGAGGAAAGUUUGUGAGAUUUGUGGGAGAUUACAUCCAACACCCUUUCACAGGGGUUUCCAAAGGGCAAGAAAGAAAAGAAGGAAGCGAAGGCGGUAACAGUGACUCUAAUAAAGAUUCUGGACAGCUGACACAAGGUGGUUCGACAACCUGCUCCAUGACUGGUCCAGGCGAAGAACAAAUAAGUUCUCUAAUUGUUCCUGUAUGGUUAUCUCA